AUGACCGAGUACACCCCUCCCCCCGUCGGUCAUCGCUACGCCAACAAAGAUGACUACCUCACCGCACGCGCGGCCCUCAUCGCGGCCGAACAAGCCCACUCCUUCAGGGCGACUCUCUCGCCCUCAACGCCGCUCGAAGCCCGCGCCAACGCCAUCCUCCACGCGCUGAAGCAGCAGGACGAAGCCGAGCUGCACACGAUGCACCCCAACGGCACGGGCUUCGAGCUGGGCCACAAGUUCCUGCACGGCCUGUCGACCAUCGCCUCGUCCAAGAUCUUCGCCAUCGCGGCGCAGGCGCCCAAGGGCGCCCUGCUGCACUGCCACUUCGACGCCAUCCUGCCGCCGGAGCUGCUGCUCGCCGACGCGCGGCGCAACCCGCACAUGUGCAUCCGCACCGACGCGCCGCUGACGCACGCGGGCUUCUUCGCCGCCGCGCUGCCGACCUUUUCGGUGCUGCCGGCCGCCGAGCUGAGCGCCGCCUCCGCUAACGGCGUCGAUGUCUUCUCGCCCACGUACGUGGCCGGCUCGUGGAUGCCGUACGCGCGCUUCCUCGAGCGCUUCCCCGGCGGCGCGGCCGAGGCCGAGCGCUGGCUGCGGGCCAAGGUCGUGCUGCACGCCGAGCGCGCCUACGCGCCCGAGCAGACGGUCGACGGCAUCUGGGCCCUAUUCAAGCGCUCGUUCGCCGUGCUGCGCGGCCUGGUCGGCUACGUGACGGCGUGGAAGGCCCACUUCGCCCGCGUCUUGUGGCACCUCGCCCGCGACGGCGUCAGCUACGCCGAGAUCAGGAUCCCCAUGCAGUGGCAGUUCUUCGUCAAGACGGAUGAUGCGAGCAGAGAGUUGAGCAGGAAGGAGAUGGUGGGCCUGCUGAAGGAGGUGUUGGACGAGGAGGUGCCGAAGAUCAGAGCCGAGGGGCUGGUGUUUUGGGGCGCGAGGUUUAUUUAUGGCAGUUUUCGGUUGUGUGAGAGGGAGAAUAUGCGGUGGAUGAUGGAGGACUGUAUCGAGCUGAAGCAGGAGUAUCCGGACUUGAUAUGUGGAUUUGAUAUGCAAGGUCAAGAGGAUGAUGGCCACUCGCAUCUCCACUGGAUCCAGGAGCUCCUCGACUUCCGCGCCCGCUGCGACUCGCUCGGCCUCGACAUCCCCUUCAUCUUCCACGCCGGCGAGACCCUCCAGCCCAGCACCUCCCAAAACCUCUACGAUGCCAUACUCCUAUCCACCAAGCGCAUCGGCCACGGCUUCGCCCUACCGCAGCAGCAUCCCUACCUCCUCCAGCUUUGCCGCGACCGCAAAAUCGCAAUUGAAACCUGUCCCAUUUCCAACGAGGUGCUCGGCCUCGCGCCAACGGGCAUCCGCAACCACCCCCUCCCCAUCCUGCUCGCCACAUGUGUGCCGUGCACCAUCAACACGGAUGAUCCUGGGUGCUGGGAGGCGAGCAUGAGCCACGAAUGGUAUCAGGUCAUGGUCGGUACUGGUGGCGGCGACGGAGAAGCGGGAGGUAUGGAUUUGAAGGGAUGGAGGAAGCUGGCAGGGUGGAGUUUGGAAUACAGCUGCAUGCCAGAUGCGGAGAGAAAGGAGGCGGAGAGGGUGUUUGAAAGGCAGUGGGAGGAGUUCUGCGGGUGGAUCGUUGAGACGUACGGGGCUGAGAUUGAGAGUGGAAAGAACUAA